UCCUACAUCCCCACAUCCCACAUCCCCACGUCCCCAAUCCCACGUCCCCACGUCACUGCAUCCCACGUCCCCAUGUCCCCAUGUCCCCAAAGCCCAUGUCCCCACCUCCCACAUCCCCACCUCCCACAUCCCCACGUCCCACAUCCCCACAUCCCAUGGGCUCCUGGUGA